GAUGGCUAGCUAAUAAUGAACGAAAACGCUUUGGCGCAAAUUGCAAUCGAAACAUAUUAUUAUAUAUAGGUAUAAUACCGGUGUACAUAUAUGUUUUAGUGUAUGGUUUUCGUUCAAGAAAACGUCAGCUGUCACCUGUUAAAUGUUAAAUGACUUGAAGUUUUGAAAGUGUUAUUCGUUACGUUGUUUAGUGCUGUAAAUUUUUAAAUAAUGGAGCGUUUGCGAUCAAGCGUCGAACAAAAUAUUCUCCUUACAUGGGGACAUCGCCAGACCGCAAGCGUCCAAAGCCCAAUCCAAAGCGACCGUUUGUGGCAGCAGCCAACAAAUAUGCUCAAUUCCACUGGCGGUGGUGUUCAGAGACCCGUCGAAAAAUGGAAGAAAGUAAGUUAGGUGCUUACUAUGUAAGUACUGAAAUUCAAUUGAAUAGACUGGACAAAUUUUAUUAGAACUUUGAAAAGUGUUAAAUAAACACAGUAAAAUGUCCUAAAAGUAACCAAAGAAAUCACCAUUUAUUAAACAGCCUGCAAACAUUUUUUUAAGGUAUGGGCAGAUAUGAAAACGAAAACGAAGAGCAAAGCUUUAAAAAUAAAAAAGCAUUUGAGUGAUACAGGGGGUGCUUACUGUAAUGGGUGUGGCCUGUGUCACUGGGCAUGCACAUAUUGCUGAAAGGGGCCUAAGUCAGACUCACUCAAUGCAAGGAACUGUUGACAGUGAAGCAAGAAAUACAACAAGGCUGCAAGUCCUGACUUUAAUGAUGAUGCACAACUAUUUGGAGAAUCAGAGGAACCCGAGCCGCAGCCUGGGUCGUCUUCGGCUUCAAAUUGUUAGAUGUCCAGUGCGACUAGACCCCUACCUCACCCUGACACAUGGCGUGCAGUACCGCGAGCUUUAAAGAACGAGUGUCGGCAGAGGAACAGGAGCCGUAGCCUGCGCCAUCUUGGGCCCUAGAUCGUCCAAGAAGAAAAUUGUUUUCUUAUAUGUAUAGUUGUAUACUGUUAAGUAUUACUAAUAGGAAAAAAGACUGAUGUUACUUAUGUUUAAUUUACAAAGCAAAUUGUUUUCCUAUAUGCUGUUAAGCAUUACUAAUAGGAGAAAAGACUGAUGUUAUUUAUGUUUAAUUAACAAAACAAACUGUUUUCUUAUAUGUUUAUAUGCUGUUAAGUAUUAGCAAAGAGGAUCAAGUAUUACAAUAUAAAGUCAAUUGAAGUAAAAUAUGUAAUCCAGUGCAUAGACUGCCAUCUCUCGACACAAGCUCAAAACUUUUAUACCUCAGCUUUGAAAAAUUUGGCCCAUUUUCUUAGCUCGAUAUGUGUUAAAAUGUCAGAUAUUAAUAUUAGCGCCAUCUAGGCCACCGUACCAUAUUUCUAUAUGGUUCUGAGGUACGUUUUUUCUUAAACUGUAGCUGUCUAUCUAUAUACUAAGUUACAUAUCGUGACUACUUUGAUAAAACUUGUAUCUUCUUAUGUCAAUCAAAAGAAAACUGUAGUAAGUAUGUAUGAAAUGCAUAUAGAUAUACUGCGUUUCAAUUUUGAGGAGCAGUGUGAGAUACGAGAUUUUUUCAAAGUAAUGACGAUAUGUCUUUGGUAUUAAAUACUACUUUGGUAUUAGGAGGAACGACUAGCCCCUUAUUCAUAAAUGUACACUAAACUUAUCAAGCCGAUAAAGUUCGUUUGUCUCUUUUUGAAUGAAUGAAUGAAUGAAUGAUUUAUUUGCAUGUGAAUAUUGGGUUUACAUUAUUAGGUGUUAGGUACAAUAUUUUAUAUUAGAAUCUCCAAGAUUCUACCUAUACAGGUGUACAUGCACUGUAUAUUGGCUUGGCUCGCUACUAAUAGUAAUAGAGUUUCACCAUACUACAGAAAACUUACAUAUAACGAGACUUAUUAUAAAAUGUUACAAUAUGAGGCUAUAAUACAAUUAUACAUCAAAAUUAUUAACAAA